CCGUCUCCGCUGGAGGUGAUCGCCUCCAAGCCCUGCUAGGUGGCCGGCUGCGACGGGACGCCAGCGGGAAGGAGAAUAGAGCUUCGUCCACGGACUCUGCGGCCACACUGCCUGGCCCUGCCUCUGCGCCAUGGCUUAAGCCCGCAGCCACCUCGCCUCGCGUCGCCUCGCUCGGCCGGGGUCUGCGCGCCGCCGCAGCCGCAGAGAGGGGCGCGUCCCAGACGCCCUCGCCUGGGGACUUGGAGACGCGGUGUCUCUUACCCUUCGGUGCCCACAGCAGACUGCGCUCCCAAGACCUUCGCAGGCGGCUCCCGGAGGCAUUUGCAGCCGGUAAUUGAGGGACUUAAUAGACUUUAUUUAGUGAUAGCUUUCCCGGCCCGACCUUCCCUGUGCUCUCUGAGGGAGGAAGGCGAGGUAGCUCAGGCCACCAAAGUGAAAACGGUGGGAAACAGAUUGGCUGGUCGAGGGCCAGGGGACUGAAGGAAGAUUAGAGACUUGCUUUAGAACCACAGAAAGAAAGAGCUAGCAGCUAGCAUCAUGGCGUGGCCGUGCAUCACACGGGCCUGCUGUAUUGCUCGCUUCUGGAACCAGCUGGAUAAGGCAGACAUCGCCGUGCCGCUGGUUUUCACCAAGUACUCGGAGGCCACCGAGCACCCGGGGGCCCCGCCGCAGCCGCCACCGCCGCAACAGCAGCCGGCACAGCCGGCGCACGCGCCCCCCUCGGCGCGCGCGGUCGCCAUAGAGACGCAGCCGGCCCAGGGCGAGUUGGAUGCAGUUGCCCGGGCAACAGGGCCGGCGCCUGGGCCUAGCGGGGAACGUGAGGCGGCGGCCGCCCCAGGCCGGAGCGUGCCGGGCCUGGGCCCGGGCUCUGGCUCCACGUCCGGCGCGGGUCCCGCGGACUCGGUGAUGCGGCAGGACUACCGCGCCUGGAAGGUGCAGCGGCCCGAGCCGAGCUGCCGGCCGCGCAGCGAGUACCAGCCUUCCGACGCGCCCUUCGAGCGCGAGACCCAGUACCAGAAGGACUUCCGCGCCUGGCCGCUGCCGCGCCGCGGGGACCACCCGUGGAUCCCUAAGCCCGUGCAGAUCGCCACGUCCUCCCAGGCGUCGGCGCCCAUUCUCGGGGCGCCCAAGCGCCGGCCGCAGAGCCAGGAGCGCUGGCCGGUGCAGGGCCCCGCUGAGGCCCUGGAGCAGGAGGCGGCCCCUGGAGGAGCAGGUGGCCUUGCGGCCGGAAAGGCUUCCGGUGCGGAGGAGCGCGACACACGCAGGAAGCCCGGGCCCGCCUGGAUGCUGCGUCGCGCCGAGGGGCUGGGACUCGAGCAGUCGCCGCUGCCCGCAGCCCAGGCCCAAGUCCAGGCCGCAGGCCCCGAGGGUGGCAAGGGGCGUGCAGUGGCGGACGCCCUCAACAGGCAGAUCCGCGAGGAGGUGGCGAGUGCAGUGAGCAGCUCCUACAGGAAUGAGUUCAGAGCAUGGACGGACAUCAAGCCUGUGAAACCGAUAAAAGCCAAGCCCCAGUACAAGCCCCCAGAUGACAAGAUGGCUCAUGAGACUAGCUACAGCGCCCAGUUCAAAGGGGAGGCCAAUAAGCCAACAUCAGCUGACAAUAAGGUCAUUGAUCGCAGAAGAAUACGCAGCCUCUACAGUGAACCUUUCAAGGAACCCCCGAAGGUGGAGAAACCUAGUGUUCAGAGUUCCAAACCAAAAAAGGCCUCAGCGAGCCGCAAGCCCCCGAGGAAGGCCAAAGACAAGCAGGCGGCGUCAGGCCGGGCCUCCAAGAAAAAGAGCGCGGAGGGCGCCAGCGCCGCCCCGCCCGAUGGCCAGGAGCACAGGACAGAGAUGAACAAUAAGCUGGCUGAGGCGAAAGAGAGCCUGGUUGAACCUGCCAGUGAUUCACGUAAGAAUCAAGGUCCCAUAGCCACAGAGCCAGACAAGGAUCAAGGGCCCGUGGGCCUGGGGCCUCUGAAAGAUCAAGGUCCUGUGAUCCAAGAGUCUCCGAAGGAUCAAGUUCCUGUGGUCCCAGGGCCUCUGAAGGAUCAAGCUCCUGUGGUCCCAGGGCCUCUGAAGGAUCAAGCUCCUGUGGUCCCAGGGCCUCUGAAGGAUCAAGCUCCUGUGGUCCCAGAGCCAAUGAAGGAUCAAGCUCCUGUGGUCCCAGAGCCAAUGAAGGGUCAAGCUCCUGUGGUCCCACAGCCAAUGAAGGAUCAAGCUCCUGUGGUCCCAGGGCCUCUGAUGGAUCAAGCUCCUGUGGUCCCAGAGCCUCUGAAGGAUCAAGCUCCUGUCAUCCCAGAGCCUCUGAAGGAUCAAGCUCCUGUGGUCCCACAGCCAAUGAAGGAUCAAGCUCCUGUGGUCCCAGAGCCAAUGAAGGAUCAAGCUCCUGUGGUCCCAGAGCCAAUGAAGGAUCAAGCUCCUGUGGUCCCAGAGCCAAUGAAGGAUCAAGCUCCUGUGGUCCCAGGGCCUCUGAUGGAUCAAGCUCCUGUGGUCCCAGAGCCAAUGAAGGAUCAAGCUCCUGUGGUCCCAGAGCCAAUGAAGGAUCAAGCUCCUGUGGUCCCACAGCCAACGAAGGAUCAAGCUCCUGUGGUCCCAGGGCCUCUGAUGGAUCAAGCUCCUGUGGUCCCAGAGCCAAUGAAGGAUCAAGCUCCUGUGGUCCCAGAGCCAAUGAAGGAUCAAGCUCCUGUGGUCCCAGAGCCAAUGAAGGAUCAAGCUCCUGUGGUCCCAGAGCCAAUGAAGGAUCAAGCUCCUGUGGUCCCAGGGCCUCUGAAGGAUCAAGCUCCUGUGGUUCCAGGGCCUCUGAAGGAUCUAGGUCCCAUGGUCCCUGCACCAGUUAAGGAUCAAGAUCACGUGGUCCCUGACCCUUUACAGAAUGAAGGUUCUGUGAUCUCAGCACCAGUCAAGGACCAAGGUUCUUUGGUCCCAGUGCCUCUAAAAGAUCAAAGUCCUAUGUUUCCAGCAAGAGUUGAGGAUCCAGGUUCCAUGGUACCAGAGCCUCUGAGGGAUCAAGGUCCUGUGGUCCCAGAACCUGCCAAAGAUCAAGGCCCCACGGUCCCUAAGCCUGUGGAUCAAGGUCCUGAGGUCCCAGCACCUGUCAAAGAUCAAGGUCCUUUGGUCCCAGAGCAUCUGAAGGAUCAAAGUGCCAUGAUCAGAGCACCUAUAAAAAGUGAAGGUCCUGUGGUCUCUGAGCCUGUGAAAAGUCAAGGUUUAGUGGUCCCAGAGCCAGUCAAGGAUCAAGGUGGGGUGGUCCCAGAGCUUCUGAAGGAUCAUGAUUCUGUGGUUGUGGCACCUGUAAGGAGUCAAGGUCCUGUGGUCCCAGCCCUAGUCAAGGAACAAGGCCCUGUAGUCCCAGAACCUCCAAAGAGUCAAGGUCCUGUGGUCCCAGCACUAGUCAAGGAUCAAGGUCCUGUUGCCCCUGAGCCUGUGAAGAAUCAAGUUCCUACAAUCCCGGUGCCUCUGAAAGAUGAUGAUCCUCUGGUGCCACCACCAGCAAAGGACCAAGGUCCUGUGGUCCCUGAACAUCUGAAGACUCAAGGUCCCAGGGGCCCUCAGCUGCUCACUGUCUCACCUCCACCCCCAAUCGUGAUCCCAACUGUCCCCCAUGCGGAAUAUAUUGAGGGUUCCCCUUGAUGCUCACCCCUUGACGUGCCGAGGAAGGAGCUGGCAGGGAAAGUGCUACCUCCUGGGGCAACAAAGACACAUAUUUAAUUUGCAUGAAACACGUACCGUAUAGUCUCGCUGGAAUCUAAUAAAUCUGGUCCC